AUGAGAUUACCGUACAGUAUUGUGUUUGAUACACCAAAUCUUCGAUAUCUUAAAUACUUUGACUACGUAGCAGCAGAAGGAUAUUGGAUGAAUAACUUCAAUUCUCUGGUCGAGGCGGACAUCAAAUUGGCGUUGGGCACCCAAUUUGGAAGAGGUAUUAAUGUUCGUGAAUUUGAUAAAUCUGGAGAAGAAGUUAAUGUAGCGAAACUUCUCGGAGGAAUAUCUAAAGUUCAGCGGCUUUAUCUUGAUGGUGACUCCAUAGAGGCACUUAAAUUGUGCUCGCUCCCAAAUUUCGGUCAUUUGACUUAUUUGAAGCUGGGUGAGCUUAAUUAUUGUGACCAGGCUGGAUGGGAAUUGCUUCCUGAAUUGCUUGAGUGCGCACCGCAACUGGAAACCCUUGUUUGUCAGGAACUUGUAUAUGAUGGAGAUGAUGAUUACCUUGUAAAACACCAAUUUGGCUGGCAUACGCCGAGCAAUGUGCCAUCUUGUUUGUUGUUUCACCUCAAGGUAAUUGAAAUUAGGCACUUUUUAUGGAGGAGUGAUGAACUGAAAACGGCAGAGUAUUUCUUGAAUAAUGCUAAAGUUUUGAAGAGAUUGAUAAUACGAUCUGCUCCGGGUCAGAAGUCGAAAAUUUGCAAUAUAUUGUCGAGUCUACCCAAGGGAUCGAAGACUUGCCGACUUGAGGUUUACUGA